GUUGCGGUGGGCCAAUGAGAGUCGUUCUUAGUGAUUCGAUGCGCCUAUGAUGCACAUGUGAAAGAGAGAUAGUGCUGUCGUUUACGCCAAAAUGUUGCGAAGAGAGGUGAGGUUGCGGAGAGAAUACCUUUAUAGGAAGGCACAAGAGGACAGACUACGGACCAUUGAGGAGAAAAAACAGAAGCUGAAAACUUCUCUUGAUGACAAUAAACUAAUCCCAACUGAAGUGCGUAAGGAUGCCUUGGAGUUACAAAAGUUGUUGGAAUAUGACGACGAAGGUGCUGAAGGUGUCAGUUCACACAUGGAUGAUGAGUACAAGUGGGCUGGCGUGGAGGACCCCAAGGUCAUGGUUACCACAUCCAGAGACCCCAGCUCCAGGCUCAAGAUGUUUGCCAAAGAAGUGAAGCUUCUGUUUCCUGGCGCCCAGCGCAUGAACAGAGGAAACCACGAGGUGAAGGCCCUGGUUCACGCCUGCAAAGCCAACAGUGUCACUGACCUCGUUAUACUUCAUGAGACAAGAGGUCAACCAGAUGGAUUAGUGGUAUGUCACCUGCCAUUUGGACCCACGGCGUACUUCACGUUGUACAAUGUGGUCAUGAGACACGACGUCCCAGACAUCGGCACCAUGUCGGAGGCCUUCCCUCAUCUCAUCUUUCACAACUUCUCCUCUCGACUUGGCAGAAGGGUAUCCAAUAUCCUGAAGUACCUGUUUCCAGUACCAAAAGAUGACAGCCGGCGUGUCAUAACCUUUGCCAACAAUGACGAUUAUAUCUCCUUCAGACAUCAUACAUAUAAAAAAACGGACCACAAGAAUGUGGAGUUGUCAGAAGUGGGACCCAGGUUUGAAAUGAAGUUGUACAUGAUCAAGCUUGGCACCUUGGAGAAUGAGAGUACAGCAGACGUUGAAUGGCGUCACCACGCAUACGUACGCACUGCCAAGAAAAGGAAGUUUUUAAGUGUGGAGUGAUGGACUGUGUGAAACAAUGGACUUGUGAUCUUUUUUUAAUAAGAAGCAGACCCAACAUUCAAUUCAUUCAAAGAUCAUGCAGCGGAUAAACUCUUGUACGGGAUGGAAUAUUUCAGAACAAGUUUUCUCCAGCCAUUCAUAUACUAAAGCAGAGGUGGGGAGCCUUUUUCAUUCGAGGGGCCACUUCAAAUUCAUCCGAGGGCCGUAAAACAGACCCCAUCUGCUCUAGGUCCCCUGAAUAUAUUAUAACUUAAUUGUAUUGCAAAUGUAUUUUCUAAGAUUUCUUUACAAAAUAUCUCCUAUUUCAUGUGAAGCUGCAUAAUAUUAAAACAAUAUCGGUGGCCGGAUAAAACUGCAUCAAGACAUAGGUUCCCCACCCCUGAUCUAAAGGAUAUUUGAAGAAUAUCCUUGAGGUUAUACCCACCAAAGCCAGUGAGGAUGCAGUUUCAUAAUGAUCUAACCUGUUAAAUCCACUUGAACCUACUGUUAACAACUUUGUAUGAUUUGUAGGAACUUAUAACACCAGCUAAGACAACUUGUUCAUUCUAGAAAUGGUGUAUCGUCUUUUUCAUUUAUGCAUCUGUUUAUUUGUAUUGCAUUGAAAUAAAUAUUCAAAACAUUAAA